AUGCGCGAGCAGUUUCACUUGGAGAGGUAUAGAUGUCCUGCUUUCCAUACAGACUGGGAAGCGAUCCUCCAGCAAGACGGAGGAUGCGCAAUCCGACGUGCCUCGGGAAGAAAGACGUGUUGCAUCUCCCAGGGUCUAGCUGCUCUGGGCAGAAAAAAUACCCAGCAGGAGAUCGACACGGACUGGGCCGAAAAUUCGACGGACUGGGGAGAGUUCGCAACCAGAUCCUUCGAUCCCCGUAUGGUGGACGUGCCAUCGCACGUGCGUAGACGGUCAUCGAGGGGGGAGCUGAUCAGAAAAAUUGACUUCAGCUCCUGCUUCGUAUCAGUUAUCAGCUACUCGAAGGAUGAGGAUGACAAUCCUGGCCUCGAUGCAGAAUCCGAGUCGCUUUUCAUUGUCUUCGAACUCGGAGGAGAGUCCCUCGAGGACAGACUUGCCCGAUAUUCAGAAGAAGGACGAAAGUUGUCUGCAGACGAGCACCGUUCACUGCAGUGGGCUUUGGUCUCCAUUGUCUUUGGCCUGCAUACUUUUGGGUACGUGCAUCUGGACAUCAAGCCGGCGAAUAUCGUCAGCUUUGACAUGCCAGACAAGAAGGAGCAAUGGAAAUUGAUAGACCUGGACGGCGCCCUUUGCUCCGGAAAGCCAGCUCCACUCAAGGACUGCGUGACUACCUUGCAAUACCUGUCCCCAGAGCUCGCGGGAACUUUUCUCUCUAUGCAGGUGUGCUCGCGUGACCAGUUUGGAAGAGCACGGCGUGGCAAAGAAGAGAUGGACAACCAACCCGUCAAGCUCUCCCGCCUGAUGGACAUUUGGAGCGUCGGGAUGUGCGCGAUGGAGGCCGACUGGUGCAGGGCUUCUUGA